AUGGACGCCGGCUGGGUGAAGACCUACGACGAAUAUUAUUACGGAACAAGAACCUCUGUCAGCACAGCAAAUGUCCAACUCAUCUAUCACUCAGUUCUCUCCGAACUUCUCCACGAUAAAAGAAGAAAGUUCACAUUCUCGGAGACGGUGUACUUCUGGCGCUGGUGGAAGGAGCAGCGGCCUGCCACGCGUGCCACAUUCCGCGCGCUAGUUGCAGAGGGCCGGCUGGAGUUUGCAGGGGGUGGCUGGGUGCAGAACGACGAGGCCACAACCGACUACCUCCAGAUAAUCGACCAGUUCACAUGGGGUCUUCGAAAGCUCAACGACACGCUGGGCCCUUGUGGCAAACCGAAGGCGGCGUGGCAAGUGGACACCUACGGCCAUACCAGGGAGCAGGCCUCUUUGCUGGCUCAGAUGGGCUACGAUGGGUUGUUCAUAGGGCGCGUUGACCAUAAAGAGAGAGAAGCGAUGAUAGAAGAAGACAGGAUGGAGUUCAUGUGGCGUGGAAGCAAUAUCCUUGGCAAGAUGUCCGACAUAAUGACCCACAACCUUUUCAACUUAUACAACGCACCCGAAGGCUUCUGCUUCGAUUUCCUCUGCAGCGACGAGCCCAUCGUUGACGACCCUGACAGCCACGUUUACAACGCUGACACCAGGGUGAACGACUUCAUAGCGCAGAUUGAGCGACAGGCCAAGUACUACGACCACGACAAUAUAAUGGUCACCAUGGGGGGAGAUUUCACCUACCAGAGCGCCGCCAAUUGGUUCAUGAAUAUUGAUAAACUCAUCAACCACGUCACGACACAUCCCGCUAACCUGUCAGAUGUCAACGUGUUCUACUCCUCUCCGUCAUGCUAUUUGAAAGCUAUAUACAUGUAUGGGAGACGAGACAAAUCAGUUUUCACGGAGAAGGGUGACUAUUUACCAUAUGGCAGCGAUGCGACGACAUACUGGACAGGAUUCUACACAUCGAGACCAAGUAUCAAAUACUUGGCUAGGAAAUCUCACGUAUUUCUUCAGGUUGUGAAACAGUUGACGGUGAUAUCAAGGAUGGGCGAUUCUUACGAGCUACAUCUACUGCGACACGCCGUGAGCCUAUUGCUUCACCACGACGCAAUUACUGGGACAAGUCAACAGCACGUGACUGUUGAUUUUAUAAGAACUCUGACGGACGCCAUUGAUUCGUGUUCCAAGAAAGUUUCACAAUAUCUAAGCUCGUUAACACCAACAUGGGGUGGCAGUAGGCGGUCUAAAAACAGUCAGCAGUUCAUCAUCUGUCAUCAGCUAAACAUGAGCCAAUGUCGGUUCUCCGAGAGCCAGGACACUAUGUUGCUGCUGGUCUACAAUCCGUCAAGCGUGAAGACGUACUACCACGUCAGACUGCCCGCUAUAGCGAUGCACUAUUCGAUACGCGAUUAUAAUGACGAGGAGGUGGAAUACCAGCUGAUACCCCUGCCGGCGUCCGUAAUAAACCUGCCCGGGAGGAGCUCCGGCGCGAUCCAGGAACUGUGCUUCGAGGCUGAAAACAUCCCGCCGCUGGGCUACACGGCGUACUACAUUGCACCGAUAAGAGACCCAUUAGAGGAUUCGACAUUCUCGAAGAAGUCACACCACAACCUCGAGGCAGACCAGGAACUCGCCCCGACAAUUUCUAAUGAGUAUCUUAAAGUGACGAUAGACAAGGACACCGGCCUACUGGAGUCCAUCCAGCAUGUGGACGGCGUGAAGAUCAUGAUCUCGCAGAACUUCUAUUACUACAGCCAGACACAGCAGCCGUUGCAGUCUGGCGCAUACAGUUUCCGACCAUCAAAGAACAGACCCAUUCCUGUCACGGAGAAGGUGUCAUACCACGCGGUCCGGGGGUCCCUGAUCAAGGAAAUCAGACAGAGGUUCAGCGACUGGGCCACUCAAGUGAUCCGUCUGUACAGAGGCGAGGAGUUCAUAGAGCUGGAGUGGAUAAUUGGGCCGAUACCGGUCGGGAACGACCUCGGCAAAGAAGUUGUGAGCAUCCUAAAGACCAACAUAACGAACGCCGGCGAAUUCUACACGGACGCGAACGGCCGACAGAUGAUGAAACGCACCUGCUUGAAUUCCACCACCAGUCCACAGGUGAAGAAGCCCGUGGCGGCUUGCUACUACCCGGUGACGUCGCGCAUCUGCACUCGCUCAACGAACACCAGCGUCGAGCUGUGCGUGCUGACGGACAGAACGCAAGGCGGCACGUCUUACAACGAAGGCGAGAUCGAACUGAUGGUUCACAGGCGCCUACUGACCGACGACGGCUUCGGCCUGGAAGAAACCCUCAACGAGGAGGCGUACGGAGUGGGUCUUGUGGUUCAGGGCAAGCACAGACUGAUGUUUGGCAACUUCAGGCAAGAGAUGGAUGAGCAGACCUUCUCGGAGCGGGUGUCGUACACCGCGAGGAAAUGGUUGAUGCAGCCCUGGCUAUUCCUUGCUCCCGGUGAGAAGAUCAACAGGAGGAAGUGGCAGAACGUCAGGAAUAAAAGGUACUCGGCAAUCCGCAUGCACGGCCUGCCUCGACACAUUCACAUCAUAACACUGGAACCCUGGAAAGCAGGCUCCGUGCUGUUGCGACUUGAAAAUACCCUCGAAAGAACGGACAAAGAGAUAUACAAAAUGGACAAGGACACAAACGACGACUACGGGCAGCGGAGCAGCCACGUGGUGGUGGACCUUCGGAAGAUAUUCGGGCAGCACGAGGUGAAGAUGGUGCGGGAGACGACCCUCGCCGCCAACCAGUGGCUGGAGGAGGCCAGGCAAAUGGACUGGAGCACGAGAUACGUCUAUUCCGGUGGAGACGAAGGCAUUCUACCUGAGGACAACACAGACUACGUAGAUGAAAAAGUCGAACGAGCUGAAAGAAAGGACUCUGGCUUCUCGGAAGAAGACACUUACUUCGUGCGCAAGCAGCCGCGGAAGAAACUUGGUCUGUCGAACAAACUCAAGAACCAUCAGCGCAACAAGAGUUUCGAGGACAGGCGCAAACGGUCACUGAACAUCACUGAGAACCUAAUCGACGCAGUAGGCGACAACGCCAGCGUGCAAGUCGACAACAUCACGGGCGUGGAAACGAAAUCUCUCAACUACAGCGACAUCUACACGAGCGUGAAUCAACAUAUUGCUAGGAACGGCACGAAGCGGUCUGAGGCGGGCCGUACGCCUUACGCCAAGCUGGAUCUGAGUAACGACUUGGUGAGGAACAGGUUUAGCGCCGGCGCGAAGAGCGAACUCAGGCUGGACGUCCUCCGCACCAGAGUGAAGCCCGUGAGGUUCUUCGUGGACUGGGCCAACAGCUCUGACGAGGCGGGCACCUCUGAGGACGACUUCUCGUCGAACCUGAGGAAGCGGUCGGCCAGGAGGCGCAACGGGAGUGACAGCUCGAAGGGGAACAAACGAAUCGAAUAUUAUUCUGAAGAGCCCGACGACGGUAUAACACGUUCCAUGUACGAGAUGUACUACAAAAUCAGACCGAGCAACACAGUCAAAAUGCAUUCGGUGACUAUAAAUCCUGCCCACAGAAGAAAUAAAAAGGUUCGCGCAAAGGGCUCCAAAUACAACCACGAGGAGACCACGACCACGUCUACGGAACACACGACAAGAAAAUUGAAAAGGAAUAGGAAUAAGAGGAAGGGGAAGACCCUUUCUCCCGCUGAAAAUCCGUUCAAGGCAAAAAAGAAUGUAAGAAACAAUCAAGCGAGCGGAGACAGCGGCCAGGAAAACUUCAGCGAUACGGAAGAUAAGACAACAAAGACAAGACCACACAAAGAGUUUACACACAUCGCUCCAAAGUCGGAGCUGGCACAAUUAAGAGCGAAACGGCGUAAGGACAGAAGUCACCAGGAAUAUGAAGCCGGCGGGUCUAUCGACGAGGAAGAGUCAGAAGUUGACAGUGAAGAAGUCGGCGAGAAAUGGGAGAAUAACCGGAGAAAGAGGACUGCUGUGAAGGACGAAGACGGGCAGGAGAUCAGCAACGAGACCCAGGAGACGACAGAAUCUGAGUUCAUUGUGACCUUAAGACCGACGCAGAUACGCACAUUCAUCAUCUGGUUCAUCGACAACCGCAAGACCUACACGCUG